AUGUUACCUAAACGAAAACCGCAUUCCCGUUUCCCACUCAUUCCCGUUUCCCUCUUCAUUACGUUCUUUUCCUUUCUUAUUCUUUAUUCCUAUUACGUGAAACGUAAUUCUCAUUUCAGUGAUUUCGCCCAAACUUCAACAACGCUUCAAUGCUCCUCCCAAGCCUUGGCAUUUACUGAGAGAUUCAUGUGGUAUGCGCCUCACAGUGGAUUCAACAACCAGCUUUUGGAAUUUAAACAUGCUGUUUUGAUUGCAGGGAUACUUAAUCGAACUUUGGUUGUUCCUCCUCUUUUGGAUCAUCAUGCUGUUGCGCUAGGUAGCUGUCCUAAGUUCCGGGUUAUGGAACCGAAGGAUAUUCGGAUUUCGGUUUGGAAUCAUAUCAUUGAGCUCAUUCGGGAUGGAAGGUAUAUCUCCAUUGCUGAAGUUAUAGAUAUUUCUUCUUUAAUUUCUUCUAGUCUUGUUCGAGUUAUUGAUCUUAGGGAUUUUGUAUCGAUAUGGUGUGGCAUCAGCUUAGAUUUGGCUUGUUAUAAUGAUUCAACAUCACAGUCCUCCGCUUCUAAAAGCCUAGAGCAAUGUGGAUCUCUGCUAGCAGGGUUUCGUGGGAAUAUUGAAAAGUGUAUUUAUGCUAUCAAUGAAGAUUGCAGAACUACAGUAUGGACUUACCAUACAGAUGGUCGUGAGAAUGGUGUGUUAGAUUCAUUCCAACCUGAUGAACAGCUAAAGCAGAAAAAGAAAAUAUCAUAUGUUAGGAGACGGAAGGAUGUAUUUAGGACGCUUGGACCUGGUUCUGAAGUUGAAUCAGCUUCAAUGCUAGCAUUUGGAAGCCUUUUCUCUGCUCCAUACAAAGGUUCUGAGUCAUAUGUUGAUAUUCACGAAUCACAUCAGGACCAGAGGUUUUUAUCUUUGAUGGAGAAGAUUAAGUUUCUUCCAUAUGUCCCAGAAGUUAUGAAUGCCGGAAAGGAGUUUGCUAAAGCAACCAUAAAAGCUCAAUUUUUUUGCGCACAACUUAGGUUGCUAGACGGGCAGUUUAAGAAUCAUCAUAAGGCUACAUUUGAUGGGUUAAGACAAAAAUUAGAGUCUUUGAGGCAGAAAGGUCUUCUGCCCAUACAUAUUUUUGUAAUGACUGAUCUUCCUAGAGAUAAAUGGACGGAUACCUAUUUAGGUGAUUUAACUAGUGAUGCACAUAACUAUGAGGUGCAUUUCUUAAGAGAGAACGAUGAGCUGGUUAUGCAAGCAGCGAAGAAACUAACCGCAGCAGGUUACGGACAGAGGUUUAUUCCAAGUUCAGAGUCUAGAAUUGGCAAUAAGUAUUGUUCCAAUCAGAGAUUGCCUGAUGUACUUCUUUAUGUUGAGCAGGCUGUAUGCAGUUGUGCAACUCUUGGUUUUAUUGGAACUCCUGGAUCAACAAUUGCUGAAAAUAUAGAACUGAUGAGAAAAUUUGGCUCUUGCUCUAGGUGA